AAAGUACGGGAAAGCCCGAACGACGUUCGUGAAAAAAGGGGGAGUCGAUCGCUUCCGGAAAUUGCCGAAGCGAGCCGAGUUGGGUUCGCCGGUUGCUACGGACGGCCCCCUUUCCCACCUCCCCUCAGAGCGGCUGCGGCGGCCAUGUUCAUAGCGUCUGUUCCGGAUUGCCAGUUUCUGAAUCGGGGGAGACGGCUCGGAGGUACCGGAGACUAUCGGAGCCCAGCUACACACCAAAAAAAAAAAAAAAAAAAAUAUUACAAUAAGGAUUAACCGGGACCUCUCCGCAUUCGCAUUCACCGCCAAACUUGGAUUUCACCAAACGGGGGGGACCUGUUUGUUAUUUUUUUGGUUUUUUUCGCAGCCUUGCUUAUCCCGGACUGAGACGCGAACACAUUUUUUUUUUUGUCUUUGAGGGGGGGGGGUGGGGUAUUUUUUUUUUUUUCUCCUUUCAAACCAGAGGUCGAGUUCCGCUUGGCCUGGCCUAGCCUAACCCAGAAUCCCCGGCCUCGAUUCGAACCCUUGUACCGGAGAACAAGCUCCGCCGCCCGGGUAUCCCACUCAAUACAACCGCCCCUUCUAUCUCUCUUCCCCCCCCCUCCCUCUAAGUUCACUUCCUCGUGAGGGGAGAAGCCAACUCAAAUGUAAAAACAGACGGUUUCUUUUUUAAAAAAAGUUGUUUUUUUUUUAAAAUAAAAAGUCUAUAUAUAUUUUUAGGGGGUGCUAUAGCUGAAAAAGUUUAUAUUUUUGUCCUAAUCACCUAUUUUUGGGAACCCCCGAGACAAAAACAUUUUUUUCCCCUCAAUGUGGGUCUCAACUUUUUGAUUUACGAUCUUUAUACAUAUAUAAUGUCUACAUUUUAGAAAAAAAAAAAGCUUUUUUUUUCUUUUUAAAUACACCUCAAAAUGUCUACCAGAACGCCAUUAUCAACAGUAAACGAGAAAGACAGCGUUCAGCACUCCUCCGCUCACACAGAGCCGGUGAAGUCCGCCCGCUCCAGCAUGCCGCGCUGCCGGAACUCCGUUGCCACGACGGCGGACGAGCAGCCCCACAUCGGCACCUACCGGCUGCUCAAGACGAUCGGCAAGGGCAACUUCGCCAAGGUGAAACUGGCCCGCCACGUGCUGACCGGCAGAGAGGUUGCUGUUAAAAUAAUAGACAAAACACAGCUGAACGCAUCGAGUCUGCAAAAGCUGUUUCGUGAAGUACGAAUAAUGAAGCUGUUGAAUCAUCCUAAUAUAGUUAAGUUAUUUGAAGUUAUAGAAACCGAGAAGACUUUGUAUUUGGUAAUGGAAUACGCCAGUGGAGGUGAGGUCUUUGAUUACUUGGUGGCUCACGGUCGGAUGAAAGAGAAAGAGGCGAGGGCGAAAUUUCGACAGAUAGUGUCCGCUGUGCAGUACUGUCAUCAGAAGAACAUUGUGCACAGGGAUCUGAAGGCUGAGAAUCUGCUGCUGGACGCAGACAUGAACAUCAAGAUUGCAGAUUUCGGGUUCAGUAACGAGUUCACUCUGGGGAGCAAGCUGGACACCUUCUGCGGGUCCCCCCCCUACGCAGCCCCCGAGCUCUUCCAGGGCAAGAAGUACGACGGACCCGAGGUGGACGUGUGGAGCCUGGGGGUCAUCCUCUACACGCUGGUCAGCGGCUCGCUGCCCUUCGACGGGCAGAACCUCAAGGAGCUCAGAGAGCGGGUGCUCAGAGGAAAGUAUCGAAUCCCCUUCUACAUGUCCACCGACUGCGAGAACCUGCUGAAGAAAUUCCUCAUCCUCAACCCGGGCAAGAGGGGCAGCCUGGAGCAGAUCAUGAGAGAUCGCUGGAUGAACGUGGGGCACGAGGAUGAGGAACUGAAACCGUAUAUUGAGCCCAUGCCUGACUACAAAGACCCGAAGAGGACAGAUACAAUGAUCACAAUGGGAUACUCCCAAGAGGAGAUUCAAGACUCUCUGGUCAACCAAAAAUACAACGAAGUCAUGGCAACCUACCUCCUGCUUGCAUACAAGACACCAGAGCUGGAUGACGGCAGCAACGUGACUCUGAAGCCACGUCCAGGAAGUGACCUCACAAACAGCAACGUCCAAUCCCCUUCCCACAAGGUACAGCGCAGCGUCUCGUCCAAUCAGAAGCCUCGGAGGCCGGAGCCAGGCUCCUCCAUCCCCUCCUCGAACUCCUACUCCAAGCGCUCCCAGACCAACAGCAAGACGGACGCAGACGAGUCCCGCAAGCCUGGCAGUGCGGCCAAGGUACCAGCCAGCCCUCUGAGCAGCAGCGACCGCAAGAAGAGCACCCCUACCCCCUCCACAAACAGCAUUCUCUCAACCGGGACGAGUCGGAGCAGAACCUCCCCGAUGACAGAGAGGAGCAGCGUGGGGCAGAGCUCUGUGCAGAACGGCAAGGACAGUUUAACCACGCCAGGCUCCCGAGCCUCCACUGCCUCUGCCUCCGCUGUGCUGACCUCGGCCCGGCCACGCCACCAGAAAUCCCAGUCCAGCCAGGGCUCCCUGACCCCCUCCGACAAGCACCUCGAGGUGCAGAGGCCCAGCACGGCCCCUCAGAGAGUCCCAGUGGCGUCUCCCUCCGCCCACAACAUCAGCAGCGCCGCGGUGACGGACCGUACCAACUUCCCCCGGGGGGUGGCCAGCCGAAGCACUUUCCAUGCCGGCCAGCAGAGGGCGACGCGAGACCAGCAAGGCGUGGCGUACAACGGCCCCCCAGCCUCCCCCUCCCUCUCCCACGGGAACAGCCAGGCGCGGCGCGGGGGGGGCACCGGCAUCUUCAGCAAGUUCACCUCCAAGUUCGUGCGCAGAAAUCUGUCAUUUAGAUUUACCAGAAGGAACCUGCAUGAGGGAGAAAACAGAGAGGGAGAUGAGGGCUGCAGGCAGGUGGUUGGCAGCGGGAUUGGGGGCGGAGUGGACAAGGAGAAGGACCCCCGGCUGGACUCGAAGCCGUCUGACUCGAAGCCCCGCGCCCUGCGCUUCACCUGGAGCAUGAAGACCACCAGCUCCAUGGAGCCCAACGAGAUGAUGAGGGAGAUCCGCAAGGUGCUGGACUCGAACAACUGCGACAGCGAGCUGCGGGAGCGCUUCAUGCUGCUCUGCAUUCACGGGGCGCCCUCGAGGGACGACUUCGUGGAGUGGGAGAUGGAGGUGUGCAAGCUGCCCCGCCUCUCUCUCAACGGGGUGCGCUUCAAGAGGGUCUCCGGGACCUCCAUCGCCUUCAAGAACAUUGCCUCCAAAAUCGCCAACGAGCUGAAGCUCUGAGAGAGAGGAGGGAGGGGGGCUGAAAGACUUGAGCGAGAGGAGAGAGAUGAGAGAGAGAAAGAGAGAGAGAGGAGGAAGGAGAGAGGGGCUGAAUGUCUUGAGAGAGGAGGGAGGAGAGAGAGAGAGGGAGGGGGAGAGAGAUGAUGAUGAUAAUGAUGACUCAACCCGCCAUCACUGGAAAUGAUCUGAUUUAUAGAUAGAAAGAACGAUGGAUAGAUGUAUAGCUAUAUAUAUAUAUUCGUAUCUGGUUCUAAAGUUUGUGUUAAAUCAAGCUCGGGGAUUGGGGUGUGUGUAGAUAUAAUUUUUUCUUCACUUUUUUUUUUUUAAACCCUUAUUCUGGGAUUUCUGGAAGAUCUCUUGCAUAAACUGCUCUGAUUUAUGGAUUCUAUGAUCGCACGGCGCGUGAAAAUUUAAUACCCCCCCCCCCCCCCCCCCCCCCCCCCAGUUACAGUCACAAUGAAUUGAAGGCAGCGAGUCCAGCUCCAGAGUUUGAUAAGCGUUUUGAUUCGCUCCCUCCUCCUCCUCGCAUGGUUACUGCGCAGCACCAAAAUCUGCACCCCUCCCCCCUCUCCUCCCCCCCCCCUCUCCUCCCCCC